GGAGAGAAGCGGAGCGUGGCCCGGAGCGGCAGCCGCGGCUACGGGGCAGGGAAAACGGGAUGGAAAACACUCCCGGAGCUCCUCACCCGGCCUGCGCCGCAGCGGAGCGCUGGGUUUGCGCCCCUUGAAACGCAGAGGGCUGAAAUGGGAAUUUUAGCGGAGUUGGCAGCUGUCCUGCUUCGCUUGCCUGUACCUGCGGUAUGUGAGAUGGAGGCACGGGUGACGCUGUGUUUUAAUAAACUUAAGCGGCUAGAGAGCGGGUUUUUGAAAUUACAGAAUAGUUAGGUUUGGAAGGGAGCUCUGGAGAUCAUCCGGUCCAACCCCUCUGCCAAGGCAGCGUCACCCAGAGCUGGUGACAGCGACGCGUCCAGGUGGAUUUGGAACGUUUCCAGAGAGGGAGACGCCACGACUUCCCGGGGGAGCCUGCAGCAAUUCACCUGGCUCUUGGCAAGACGUCUAUUACUGCACCAGCAAAAUACUCUGCCCUGCAACAAUAACUACAUAAAAAAUGGCUGCAAUAAAUUAAGCUUUUUAAAAAACUGUUAUUCCUGAAAAAUGGAUUUUCAGUUUAAUUUUGCUGUUGACGAAAAUGAGAACAGUGAGGCAGAUGCUCAGUUCUUACUGCUGUGCUCUCCAAAGCACAAGCAGGAAUCCAGAGGAAAGAGCAGGGAAACUGCCGAUCCUGCAGCAGACUCCAGCCCGAAGCUGGCUGCUGCUAAGCACGGGGAUGAGGCAGCUUCAAAGAAAAAACUCUGUGUGAAAGCUGCCAAGGAGCACAGCAUUCCUGAAGAUCUCAACAAAGUAUUGGAAAAUAAAGUCAUGGAAACAGUAUUGGAUUUUUCUUAUGUAAAGCUGUCUGAAGUGGAAAUGACGUGUUCAGGUGACGCUGACAGCGAAGGCAUCGUUUCCAAAAGUGUUUCUUCUCACUCUGAUCUCAUCCCAGGAGUCUAUGAAGGAGGACUGAAAAUCUGGGAAUGCACCUUUGAUCUCAUGGAUUACUUUUCCGAGGCUGAAAUAAAAUUUACCAACAAGACUGUAUUGGAUCUUGGCUGUGGGGCUGGAUUGCUGGGAAUUGUUGCUUUACAGGGUGAAGCUGCCAAAGUCCAUUUUCAGGACUACAACAGCACAGUGAUUGAUGAAAUAACCUUGCCCAAUGUGGUGGCCAACUGUAUCAGUGAAGGCAGGAGGAUGAUGGGCAGUGGGAAGGACGGAAAAGCCAGGAAGCCUCCUUCAAAGAGGCCCAGGAAGGCAGAGGGCUCACCUGAUGUGCUCAACAGAUGCAGAUUUUUUUCUGGAGAGUGGUCUCAAGUCAGCCAGCUCCUGUUAAACAGCAACAAACCCUGCUCAAAGUACGAUAUAAUUCUCACCUCUGAGACCAUCUAUAAUCCUGACUACUACAGUGCUCUGCAUGAUACACUGGCUCAGCUCUUGGACAGAAAGGGCCGUGUGUAUUUGGCAAGCAAAGUGCAUUAUUUUGGAGUUGGUGGUGGGAUCUAUCUCUUUGAGAAAUUUAUUGAAGAGAAAAACGUGUUUAGGACCAGUAUGGUUAAAACAAUUGAUCAGGGUCUGCAGCGAUGCAUUAUGGAAAUUGCCUUUAAAAAUUGCUGCUAAAAUUAAACUCCUGAUCUUCCAAAAAUAACUCAUAAAUGUUUUAAUCCUCAUGUCUCUUUGCUUCUUCCUGUUUUUCUGGUUUAAUGAAUUAAGGAUGGUGGUUGUUGAAAUGUUUGACAAAUUCCGGUGUCUGACUAGAAGUGAGGGACUUUUCUGAUGUUGACUUUGCAUAGAGUGCAGCUUAAAGCAGCAUCUGUUUAUGAUAAUUAAUUUAUAUAUAUAAAUUAAGCAAUUGUCUCCAGACAGGCUUUCACAUUCUCUGUCAGCACCAGAACUGUACAUCACAGGAAUGACAUACAUGACAUGGGAAUGAGAUACAUGAUGUAUUGUGGCUGAAUGAGAUAAACUUAGCAUCCAAAAUUAGUGCAGGAGACUGUUCUCAAGUGUUGGGAACUGUUGUAACUGCAGCCAGAUUCAGGCAGGACCACACAGCUCUGAGCUCUGCUGCUUUGCCAACAGAGGGGGAUGUGAUUGUAUUUAUGACUCGUGUUCUACCCUGCCAGGGAUCUCAGAAAUCCAUGUUAUAUUUCCAUGUGUAAUGUACACAUGACUUAUUCAAGCCUUUUAAAGAGUGUAACAAUAUUAACUACCAUGGUCUGUAAAAUUUCACAUUCAGAUUCCGUUGUAAGCUAAGAAAAUUUCAGCAAGGAAUUAGAAAAAGCCAUGCUGGUUUAGAAGCUGACUUGAAAGAUUAUUCUACACAAGAUAAGCUCUUUCUACCAACCAAUAAGCCUACAAAUGAAGUACUGGAGGAUGAUAGAACUGAGCUUUAGGAGACAACUGGAAAAGGAGAUAAACUGCUAUUAUAGGAGUUUAAUAGAUUGCUGUACUGUUUUAAUAAGAUUUUUCCAGAAAUUAAUUGCCCUGUUUUCAAUAUUUGCUGGGGGUACUACUGAACAUCAACAUCUCUUCAAUCUUUUCACAGCAGUUUGAAAGCACUCAGGAAAGCCUGCAAUACAAGGCACUCUCCUAGGCUGAAGAUAGUGAUAUUGCUGAAGAAAUUGCCUUACCAAAAAAUGCAAACAAGCCCCCAAAGAACUACAAAACCUGAUCUUGAGCACUGUCACCAGCAAUUCAAACAAAAAAAA